UCAAAGCAUUUUAGAAAAAGUUUUAAAAAAACAGUAAGUUAUGUGAGAGAGAUGUUCUUUAUUUCCUGUUGUAUAGCUGACAUGGUCAGUGGGCAGAUUUCAAAAAAAGGAAGUAGAAAAAUAAAGUUGUUAAGGAAGUUGUUGAAAUGAGGAAGCCUAAGAACUUCUACGUAGCACUUAGGCAGACGGGUAGUUAACUCCUGUUGGACAACACUGCUCAUCUGUAGGAUCAUCUGUAACUUUUUGGAGGGUUUAUUUGUCUGUAAGCCACUGAAGGAUCAAUAGAACUGAACUGGGGAAGGACCUCGCUCUGGAACACGUUCUGGUUUUCAAACUUUCAAAAGGAAGCGGUCAAGAUGGCUGACAAUGUGUAUGCAUUACCAUUCUUCUACGGCAACAUAACCAGAGAGGAGGCAGAAGUCUGUCUGAGACAGGCAGGAAUGAGCAACGGCUUGUACUUACUACGGCAAAGUCGAAACUAUCUUGGAGGCUUUGCAUUGUCUGUUUCUAAUUCAGGUCGCUUCUACCACUACACAAUUGAGAGACAACCCAAUGAAAUGUAUGCUAUUGCUGGUGGGAAGAGUCACAGGUGCCCUGCAGAUGUGAUAGACUAUCAUUCUCAAGAGACGGAUGGUCUUGUAUGUCUGUUAAAGAAGCCCUGCAACAGACCCAAAAAUAUGCAGCCAAAGGUUGGUCCUUUCGAGGACUUAAAGGAAAAACUGAUCCGGGAAUAUGUGAAGCAGACUUGGAACCUGCAGGGUCCAGCCCUUGAGCAGGCUAUCAUCAGUCAGAGGCCUCAGCUGGAGAAACUAAUUGCUACCACUGCUCAUGAAAAAAUGCCCUGGUUCCAUGGAACAAUAUCACGAGAGAACUCAGAGCCCAGGCUUCAGAAUGGUUCCCGUACAAAUGGAAAAUUCUUAAUUCGACAGAGAGAUCAAAAUGGUUCAUAUGCUUUAUGUUUACUGCAUGAAGGCCAAGUGAUGCAUUAUCGCAUUGACAGAGACAGCACCGGCAAGCUCUCCAUCCCUGAUGGAAAGAAAUUUGACACCUUGUGGCAGUUGGUGGAGCAUUACUCCUACAAACCAGAUGGCUUGUUACGAGUACUCACAGAGCCAUGUCCAAGACCUGACGGUGAAACUGUGCUCAUAGGACGACCAGUACCUCCACUGAACCAUCCUGGAUUAGGUUCUGCCAUUCAAAAUGCAGCAGGUGGUCUUCUCUCCAUGUUUGGCCAGCUCAACAUACCUGGAAGAAAGAGUCGUAGACCACAAUUGAGCAACACGGACCUGAAUCCCUAUGAAACCAAAGAGGCAAUGCCAAUGGACACAGAGGUAUAUGAAAGUCCUUAUGCAGAUCCUGAUGAACUGAAGAGCUCCACCGUGGAUCGGAAACAGCUUUUCUUGGAGGAUGGAGAAUUGGGCUCAGGAAACUUUGGCACUGUCAUGAAAGGAAUCUACCAGAUGAGAAAAACACAGAAACCAGUUGCUGUUAAAAUUCUGAAGAAUGAUGAUAACAACCCGUCGGUGCGUGAGGAAAUGUUGCGAGAAGCAAAUGUCAUGCAGCAGCUGGACAAUCCGUACAUUGUUCGGAUGAUCGGUAUCUGUGAGGCAGAAAACCUUAUGCUUGUCAUGGAACUGGCUGAACUGGGUCCACUGAACAAGUUCCUCCAGAAAAACAAAAACACAUCAGUAAAGAACAUCACAGAGCUGGUUCAUCAGGUGUCUAUGGGGAUGAAAUACCUAGAAGAGCAUAACUUCGUUCAUAGAGAUCUUGCUGCCAGGAAUGUACUGUUGGUCACACAGCACUAUGCAAAAAUCAGUGAUUUUGGACUCUCGAAAGCUGUUGCAGAAGAGCAAAACUACUACAAGGCCAAAGGUCAUGGGAAAUGGCCAGUGAAAUGGUAUGCUCCUGAAUGUAUAAACUACUUCAAAUUUUCAUCCAAAAGUGAUGUCUGGAGCUUUGGUGUACUCAUGUGGGAAGCAUUUUCCUUUGGCCAAAAACCAUAUAAGGGAAUGAAGGGAAAUGAUGUUAUGCAGAUGCUUGAGAGUGGAAAACGCAUGGAGCCACCAGUGAACUGCCCAACAGAAAUGUAUGACCUCAUGACAACUUGUUGGACAUAUAAGGUGGAAGAAAGACCUGGAUUUGCUGUCGUUGAGCCAAGACUACGAGAAUAUUACUAUGACAUUGCACAGUGAAGUGAUAUAUCUUUGUGACAGAAUAUAUCAGAGUCGACAUAUCUUCUAUUAUUUGUAUGACAUUACUGCACCAGGCAGUAAUGUCAUACUGGCGUGGGCAACCACAGGCGUCGAGGUCUCCUGCAACCUUUAGAUGUGUCUCUACGUCCACACAACUGAGUCAAAUAAUGAGGUCAUUGGCUGGGCUGUAGUGCAGUCACCUCCUCAGUGAUUCAGCUGUUUCAUUGAAGUGUGUUGGACCAGAGAGACAUGUAAGAGUGGCAGGACACUGACCCUCCAGGACCAGGAUUGCCCACACCUGAACUCGGCUAUAAAAAGUUUGGAAAAAGAUGAUUUGUCAUUUAUAAGCCAUGUGAAGUAGAGAUACUGUAAUCUUGGUUUAUUUAAAGCCAGAAAUUUAUUUAGUAUUUUAGUAAAUGUGCAGUUAAAAAUGUGAGUGCUUGUAUAUCAAAUUAGUUAUCAGUAUAACCCAGGAUAACACCCUAAAUUCUAAAAUUGUCUCUGAUUGAUUCAUUCUUGAUGACAGAGAAAAGAACUACAUAGGUUAAGACUGGGAUAGACUUCAAGGCGUUGCAUAAAUGUAUACUGAACAGGUGAAUGUCGCUUUUAUAGUAAAAUUCUUUCUGUGACAAAAGAUCAGAAAUUUGGAAAUUCUUACAGCAUAACAUUAUGCAUUCUUGACAUAUAAUUUAUAACUUAUGUUUUUGUCUGACUUUGGCAAUCUUCUGUAAAUCACUGUUGCAAACAGCUUAAGACUUUAAAUUAUCUGUGUUUCCUUAUGAAAAGUUUUGAAAUGUAAAUGAAAAUAUAAUACAGUUUUAGUUUUAUAUUUAUUACAGUGUGGGAUUUUUUUUAGCAUGACAGUAAACAUUUGCUUUAUUUUACAUUGGGCUUGUCAGGGUUUCUAUAUUUAUACUAAUUCAAUUACUGAUUGUUAAACUGGAGAAAGAAUAAAAAUAUUCAAUUAAAAAUUGUGAAAA